AGUCACGUGAUAGAAUGACGUUAUUUGAUCCUCCUCGCAUGGGAAGCAGCCACUACCCUAACAAAAUUCAAGAGAUUUUUAGAAGUUUACAGGAUUGUCUGCACUAUUGGUUGGAAUGAUUUAUGGAAAGGAAAGAUAUGCCUCACUCCAAUGUAGAGGAGGAAAAACAUUGCAACCCAGAUGUUAAAAGGGGCUCAAACUUCUCAAAACAAAGAACUGAGCAGUCCAAGACUGAAAAAAAGCAGCCUGGAUUAGUAUCACCAUUCAAACGUGUGUUCCUGAAAGGUGAGAAGGGCCGGGAUAAGAAAGCUCAGGAGAAAGUAACGGAGCGCAGGCCUCUGCAUACAGUUUUGUCUUCCUUGCCUGACCGCCGAGUUGAACCAGAUGUAUUAUUAAAUGACUACAUUGAAAAAGAAGUAAAGUAUUUAGGGCAGCUGACCUCAGUUCCAGGAUACUUAAAUCCCUCCAGUCGAACUGAAAUUUUGCACUUCGUAGACGGUGCAAAGAGAGCACAUCAGCUUCCUGGUCAGCUAACUCAGGAGCAUGAUGCUGUCAUCAGCUUGUCUGCCUACAAUGUCAAAUUGGUGUGGAGAGAUGGAGAAGACAUCAUACUCAGGGUUCCAAUCCAUGACAUAGCAGCUGUUUCAUACAUUCGUGAUGAUUCCUUACAUCUGGUUGUACUUAAAACAGCUCAGGACCCAGGAAUCUCUCCAAGUCAGAGCAUCUGUACUGAAACCUCCAGAGCACAAACAUCAGGGUCACUUUCAGAGAGUGGAACAGUACCAGUUGAAGCCUGCUGUCUGGUGGUAUUGGCUACAGAAAACAAAGAUGCAGCAGAAGAACUCUGUUUACUGCUUAGCCAAGUCUUCCAAAUUGUUUACACUGAAUCUACUAUAGACUUUUUAGACAGAGCAAUAUUUGAUGGAGCAUCUACUCCAACAAGACACUUGUCAUUGUACAGUGAUGAUUCUUCAAAUAAAGUGGAUGUUAAAGAAGCAUAUGAAACAGAAGCAAGCACUUUCUCUUUUCAGGAUUCCUUGGAUACAGGUGGCAACUCCCCUUCCUCUUCUUCCACUCAGACAUCUCCUCAGGCUAAAACAGUGAGUGAGAGUGAACUUAGUACCACUGCAGCAGAACUUCUUCAGGACUACAUGACAACGUUAAAAACAAAGUUAUCUUCACAAGAAAUAAAACAGUUUGCUACAUUGCUGCAUGAGUAUCGCAAUGGAUCCUCCAUUCAUGAAUUUUGUAUAAACCUACGGCAACUGUAUGGAGACAGCCGAAAGUUCCUUUUACUGGGUCUCAGACCAUUUAUUCCAGAAAAGGACAGCCAACACUUUGAGAAUUUUUUGGAAACCAUCGGUGUGAAGGACGGACGCGGUAUUAUAACAGACAGCUUUGGGAGGUACAGAAGGACUAUGAGUACCACAUCCAAUUCAACGACCAAUGGGAAUGGAGUCACAGGAGGCUCUGAUGACCAGUCAGUACCUUCUGAAGGAGAUGAUUGGGACCGUAUGAUCACAAAUAUCAGCAAUGAUAUUGAAGCCCUUGGAUGUAGCUUGGAUCAGGAUUCCUCCUGACUACGAAA